GUAUUAGAGGUAGUGACUGAGGUGUGUGUGAGUGUGUGUGUUCGCGUGGAUGAACGUUAAAACCGGAUCUUGUGUAACGAUGCCUCUCUAACAGCUACAGUUUCACUCUGAAGGAAUCCGGACUGAAUCUGAACUGAUUCACUAUGAUGGCGGAAUGUGAACCCAGCGAGAGCCCGGAACUCGCCGCGAAGCAAAGCGUGAACGCGCCUGGUCUGAUGCUCGGGAAUCCCGGGAGCGCGCGGCGCGUCACCACCUCGUCCACCGAGAGCGCGCUUACCGAGCUGGACGACGAGGAGACGCUGCUGUUACCGGCGCCGACGUCAUCGUCGUCGUCGUCGUCAUCACCGGCGCGAGGAGCUGGGAGAGAGCGAGGCGCGAGACGGUUCCGGAACCGACAUAGUUCCUCUUCAUCAGAGAAGGAGAACUGUACCUCACCGGGGGCCAGCAGUGGGGAGUUUAACCACUUUCCAGAGGAUCCCGUGUUUGGUGAGAUAGUACAGAGAGCGGAGCAGUCUAUAGAAAAUGGUGUUUUUCCUGAAAGGAUCUCCCAGGGUUCCAGUGGAAGCUACUUCGUCAAAGAUCCUAAAGGGAAAAUCAUUGGCGUAUUCAAACCCAAAUCAGAGGAGCCUUACGGACACCUGAACCCCAAAUGGACCAAAUAUUUCCACAAGCUGUGUUGCCCGUGCUGUUUUGGCCGAGGCUGCCUCGUCCCAAAUCAAGGCUAUCUCUCUGAGUCUGCCGCAUCGCUAGUGGACCAAAAACUCGUCUUGGACGUCGUCCCAAAGACCAAGGUAAUAUCUCUGGCCAGUGAGACUUUCCACUACAAUGCAAUCGAUCGUGCAAAGUCACGUGGGAAGAAAUAUGCUUUGGAAAAAGUGCCCAAAGUGGGACGACGUUUUCACAGAGUCGGCUUACCACCAAAGGUUGGUUCAUUCCAGCUGUUUGUAGAAGGUUAUCAGGAGGCAGAUUUUUGGUUGAGGAGGUUUGAGGCAGAGCCACUCCCUGAGAACAUGAGGAAGCAGCUGCAGUCUCAGUUCGAGAAGCUUGUGGUGCUGGAUUACGUCAUUAGAAAUACUGACAGAGGAAACGAUAACUGGCUUAUUAAAUACGAGAAAGCUGAAGAUUGCACACAAACUGAGAAGGGCUCUGAAUGGAGUGAACAUAAAGACUGCGCUAUUCAGAUAGCAGCGAUCGAUAACGGCCUUGCAUUUCCUUUCAAACAUCCAGAUGAAUGGAGAGCAUACCCAUUCCACUGGGCAUGGCUUCCUCAGGCCAAGGUGCCCUUCUCCCAGGAAACAAAAGACCUGGUACUUUACCGAAUCUCUGAUAUGAACUUUGUACAGGACCUCUGUGAGGAUCUCUAUGAGCUCUUUAGGACGGAUAAAGGCUUUGAUAAAACAAUGUUUGAGAAGCAGAUGUCUGUCAUGAGAGGACAGAUCUUGAACCUGACUCAGGCGCUGAAGGAUGGAAAAAGUCCUCUCCAGCUGGUGCAGAUGCCUCGAGUAGUGGUGGAACGUAGUAGAGGAGGAGGACAGGGUCGCGUAGUGCAGUUAGGAAACGCCUUCACUCAAACCUUCCACUGCAAAAGACCAUUCUUCACCUCCUGGUAACAAGGAACAACUGGAGCAGGAGCAAGACCAGUAAUUCCAGUUAUAGUCAAAUGUUUGGAACUACGGUGAAGUAAAAAAUUUGAACUCAAAUUGAAGAUUUACACCAUUUAGCCGACGCGUUUAUCCAAAGCAGCUUACAGUUGUGAAUGCAAGGCAAGCAAUUGAUAGGACAGGGCCUUAUUCAGGGGCCCCACAGUGGCAACUAGGUGGUGGUGGGACUUGAACCAGUGACUUUGCCAUCAACAGUCCAGUACCUUAAUUGCUGAGCUCUCACUGCCACGGUGUAAAAUACAGUUAAAGAUUUUUUAAAUUAUUAAAUGUGACUAAAUGAAGGUCGCCAAUGAAACUUUGGGUCUUUUCCACUUUUCCAGACUUUCCCCCUCCACUGUUGGAGCUUGCACAGCGCUUGUGUUGAAUAUUAAAGGAGAACUUUUACCAUUAAUACAUAAAACUGCCAAUUUUAUAUACUAUAACUAAUACAAAUGAGGAAUGAAGUAUAAAUAAAUCAUGUAAAACUUGAAAAACUUUUUUGCUUGAAUGUAAGAAGUUUACAUUUCACACAGAUUCUCUUGGGUGUCGUGAUAACCUGGAGAAUCAGCGGUGGUGUUUUGCUACGCUUUGAAUGUUUAAAGACAUGUCCGAUUGUGGUUUAUGAUGUACACGCUGAUAAACCGUUUUACAUGUACGCACCUUGGACUUUACAUUCCUAAUGUAGGAUUAUUUAAUACACUACGUUGAAUGACAAAUCAAAUAAAUAAAAUGCAUUAAAAUCAUAAAGCAUGAAAAUGCUGUUGUUUACAUAUACUGUACCUGCAACUGUUUUCUCUGACUUAUUUAUUCAGAUUUUAACUUAUUGUGGAUUUUCUUGAUUAAAUUUGUGUAGAAGGU